AUGGAUCCUAUGUACUAAUCUAUGCAAGAGGAAAAUGAAAAUCUCGUUAAAGCCCUAGCUUAUUUAGAGAAGCAACUAGAAAUGACUUUAAUUGAAAAGGAUUAAAUAAAUGCCUUGCAUUUGGAUUUCAAAGCUCAUUAUGAUCAGAUGGUUCAGUAGAAUACCUAGUUUAAGAAAAGGCUAGCAGAGGAGCAUCACGCUAGAAAAGAUCUAGAAAUUUCAUAGGAAUAAAGAUUAAAUGACAUGAAAAGAGCUAUAGAUGCAAAAUAGAGAGAAAUUGAAUAAAUGCAGAAUAAAAUGACUCUGCCGAUUGACAGUGAUAUCAUGCGAAUGAAAAUUUAAAAAGAUAUUGAGGGUCGCCACAGAAUUGAACUAGACUAGAAGUAGCAAGAGAAUGAAAGAAUGUCUGAGUAGUACUAUGAGUCUAAGAGAUAAUUAGAAGUAGUUAAAACAUAACUUGAUACUUUCAAGCAUGAGAGCGAGAAAGAGUUGAAUGAUUUGAGAGAGAAGCAUAAGCAGGAAGUUCAUGAAAUGAUGCUCGAGAAUCAAGCUUUACAGUCAAGAGCAGACGAUAAACGUGAUCGUGAACUUAUUAGAUAGCUAAGAAGGGAUUUAGAUGAAAAUAAGAGAAGAAUUACUGAGUUACUUACUGAUAGCACUGACUUGAGACGCGAAAGAGAUUUGGCUAAGAUGGAGAGAAAUGAAAUGAUGAUAUAGUUUACCAAAGAUCUUGAAGAAGAGAGAAAUCAGAAGAGAGUGAUUCAAAGUGAACUUGACAGAGUGUAAUUCAAGCUUUAAUGUGCUGAAGAAGAAAAAUAAAAGCUAUUGAUCAAAGUUGAAAAGAAACAGAGCGAAAUUGCGCACACUCAAAUGGAAAAGAAUAAAUACGAAAAUAUUCUCAGAGAAAAGGAUUCAAUGAUUGAUACUCUGAAUAAGCAAGGUCAGUAGCUUAAAGAAGAUCUCAAAUAAUCAGAGCAGCAGUAAGCACAUUUAUUAUAAAGACUCUAAGAUGAGGAAAGAGAUUUUCACAUGAGAUAGAGAAAAGAGGUUUCUAAACUAUAGAAAGAAAUAGAAUAACUUUAGGUUUAGAUACUAGAACAAGAAAGCAAUAAGAGAUUUGACUUGGAAAAGUCCCAUAGUGAAUUUGAUCGUAUUCAGAGAGAGUAUAGAAUUGUGUCUGAAGAGAAGAGAAUGGCUCAAAUGAGAGUCUAGGAUAUUCAAAAUGAAUUUGAGAGCUACAGACGCUAAUUUGAAGACAGAAAGUAUGACUAAGACCUUUAUGAGAAUGAGUUAAGAAAGCUAUAGGACAAACACAGAGAGUGUAUGCAGUAAAUUUAUCAGCUGAAGACUGACAAAGAACAUCUCGAGAAGAGUCUGCAACUUGCUUAGUCUGAAGUUAACAAGUUUAAUGAUGGAUUUGAUGCUGAAAUAUAGAUGAGAAAUAAGGAAAGAAUGGAUCUCCAACUUAAGAUUCAAGAGUUGAUAACAACUAAUGAGAAGCAAAAACUAGAGAACAAUAGAUAAAUUGAAACUUACAAGUCAAAAUACUCGCAAUAUAAGACCAAGCUGAAACAAGCAAACAAUAGUAUUCAUACUUUAGCUGAGAGAGUAGCUAAGUAUGAACUUUAGAUGGUGGCUGAAAGAGAUGGUGCUGAUAUACAGUCUGCACAUGCACUUGGCAGUGCAAGAAAUAUACCUAGUAAAAUUAACAGAAGAGGACAAUACUCUUCACAGGGAAUGAUUUCUGAUGAUGAAUUUAAUCUUAACGAGCUGUAGAAUGAUAAAAUGAAUGAGGAGAUAAGAAAGCUACUUGAGGAAAAUAGAAGAGCAUUAUAAUGA